AUGGCCAACAGCGAAGGAAGCGGCCGGUUCCGUGUGGUUAUUGUUGGCGCAGGGGUGGCGGGUCUGACACUUGCUAACGCUCUUGAGCAAGCCAAUGUCGAUUAUGUUCUCCUGGAGCGCCGCAGUGAGGUGGCGCCUCAGAUUGGCGCGUCGAUUGGCAUGUUCCCCAACGGUGCACGCAUUCUAGAUCAACUAGGAGUGUGGGGGGCGGUUGAGAAAGGCGCGGUAAGACGGGAUACCGCGUGGCUUGGGGUGAGCGGCAGAACCUGCUACGCGUCCUGUACGAGAACCUCAAGGAUCCCAGCAAAGUUCUCGUCAACAAAGGUCUCGCCGACAUUAAGCACCAUGACAACGGCGUCACCGCCAUUUGCGAGGAUGGAACCUCCUUUUCGGACCCGCACCAAGCUGUGGCAGUUUGCCGAGGCCGACCAUCCCAAGCUCGUCAAGGAGGAUAAGGACUGCAUGAUCUCCGAGUACAACUGCCUCUUUGGCAUUGUCAACAACCUAGACUGCCCUCGAUUCCCCGAGGGGGACGUUCAUACAACCUACAACGAACGCCGUUGCGCCCUGUCCAUUUCCGUUGAAGGGGGCAAGGCGUACUACUUCGCCCAAGAGCGCCUCCCCAGGACUCAUCGUCUGGGCGAUAUCCCACGGUACACAGACGCCGAUGCGAAGGAUUUUGUUGAACGGCAUCGUGACUUCAUCCUCCUCCCAGGUAAUGGCGGAUUCACGCUUCAAGACCUCUGGGAGAAGACCGUGACCGCCCGUCUGGUCGCCGUCGAGGAGGCCAAGUUUAAGCUCUGGCACUGGGGCCGUAUUACCUGUGUCGGCGAUAGCAUCCACAAGGCGACGCCUAACCUUGGCGUCGGCGGGAACUCGGCCAUCGAGAGUGCCGCCGCCCUCGCAAACGGCAUCAAGUUGCUAGCUGACAAGUGGAAUGCCACGGACCGUCGUCCGACCCGGCAGGAUAUCGAGGCCAUGUUGACGACGUACCAGAAGGGCCGCGAGCUCCGUGCCGGCGCCGUCGUCGAUGCCUCUGGAUUCCUCGCCCGCACUCAAAACAUGGACGGCCUGACCAGCUAUUUCGUCAAGUUCUUGCUGCCUCAUCUGUCCGAGUUCGUCCCGGAGCUGAUGGGCAACGCCAUCAUCGGCGCCACCAAGAUCGACUACCUCCCGCUGCCCAUGGUCUCGCUGACCGGGGCUAAGCCGUUCAACCCGUCUCAGGGCGAUGGCCACCGGGAAAGCAAGUUCAAACGCAUGGUGUACGCUCUGCCACUCCUCGCCUUGUUCUUCGUCGCGGGCUGGGUCAUGAACGCGACACCUGCGCUGGACUGGGCCACGGGUCUGCUCGACAGCGGCGUUAUCAGAUUAGCGUCCGGCGACGUGCCCAUCCUCCGGUCCUUCUACCAGUUCCCCGCCUUCGACGACUUUGUCGCCGUGUACAACACCUUCUUCUUCCCCACCGUCUACGACGCUGACCCCGUCGCUCGCCGACAACUCAUCUCUUUCCUCACCGACGGCACCAUCCUCUUGACAAUCUGGAUCUUUGAGUCCGCCCGCCGAGCAAACAUCAUGACCCCCUUACAAUUCCCCACAAUCUACAUCGCCCUCGGCCAACUCGUCGGCAUCGGCCUCGCCGCCCCGCUCUACACCUUCAUCCACUACGUCCUCUCCCCCAUCGAGAACUUCUCCGCGCUCGACCAGCGCCUCACCCGCACCCGCACCACCUAUGCCGCGCUGCCCGCCGUGCUGCUCACCUACCUCCUCCCCUUCGUCCUCACCCUCACCUGGCCCGACCUCCCCACGCGCCAGGCCCUGCUCUACGCCUGGCAGCUGUACCCGGCGUGGCUGUCGCUGGCGGUGUGGGGGAUUGGGAGGUUGUUGUUCAAGGAUGAGAUGGAGACGGACAAGGUGUAUCGCACGCAGAGGGAUCUGGGGGUGAUGCGGUGGUAUCUGGGGGUCCUGGGGGUGCUGGCGGCGGGGGUGUGGUGGUGGAGUUGGUGGGGGGUUGGGUUGGCGGAGGUGUUUGUGCCGGUUGGGCUGCCGAGGAGUAUGGGGGACUUUUAUGGGUUUGCGGGUCAGUUGUUGAGGUGGGAUGAGAUGUUUGGGCUGGGGUCGUUGUUGGUGUGGUUGGCGUAUCUGUUCUGGGACUUGCGGGCCGCGGGCAUGCUGAGGGAGGGCUGGUUGAGGGUUGUUGGGAUGGGGUUGGUGAGCGUGUUGGUUGUGGGGCCCGGCGCGACCAUCGGGAUGGGUUGGCUGUUUCGGGAGCAUAUUCUGGCUACCAGGAGGCACAAGGAUGCCUUGACGCCCGAGAGUGUGGGGAGGCUGCAUGGCGUCUUUGUAAUGGCGGGGCAGGAUCACGACACACUUGUCCACUUUGCGGUUGGGCCGUUCUCGAUGUCGUACACCAUACCCGCGUCCAAGUUCCGGCUUCUAUACUGGACACCUAGGUUUCUGUUUCCAGACCACAAUGGCCCUGUCGAAUGUCCGGAGCUACACGGGCACGUAUGGCGGAUGUUUCUCAGCUGGUUAUGCACACACUGCGACCUUCACAGCCCCCAAUUCUGGAGGUGCCUCGCGUGCUUCAAAAUCGAUCUACCAGGAUCUUGCCACGGGUGCAAAACACACAAUCGCAGAGCCAGAACCCUCCCGCCUCAAGCCAAAAAGGUUGAGAAGUUUCAUGUCGAGAGAGGCGGUCUGCCCAUCUUCGAGGAACUUCCACCGCAACCAGCCCUCCCAACAGAGCCAGUGCCCCUUGAGAUCCUGGAGCCAUUGUGCCAUGCAAGGCGGUUGGACCUUCAGUUCCAGCUUUAUUAUUUCGCAGUAAAGCAGAAUCUCAUCGAGCUCCAACGAUUGGUGCUGUUCAAGGUCUGGUAUACAUUUAUGCAGCUCCAACCGCACCCGGGCACGAACGCUGCGAUGUUAGAGAGCAUUCUAGUCCCCAUAUCGAGGUUGCCGCCAGGUGACGUCUUGCGAACCUUAGUCACGUCAUACUGGGCUUGCGUUCGCGAGGAAAUGGCGCGGACGCCCAGAUGUCGAGCAGGCCUCGCUCAACGGUCACCCAAGCGGUGCGUCGAUUGGUGGGCCGUCUUUGUCCACAUCGAGGCGGCGAGGGCCGACUCGGACCUUGCUACCCCAUGCGUCUAG